AUGUCUGAACGAAAAGUUCUCACCAAGUACUACCCCCCUGACUUCGAUCCAAGUCAGAUCAAGAGGGUUAAGGGGCCUAAAAAUGCUGGCCCGAAGGUUCAGACUGUCCGCCUGGCGGCACCAUUGUAUGUGAAGUUCUUCAAAUGGAGUGAGCUACGUAUUAACACCUGGCAGUUCUAUGAAAUGUACUACAUGUGGAGAGUAUAUCUACAAAGGCAGAAAGGAUUCUACAUCAGAUGUACAAGAUGCAGCGGACAAAUCACAUUCAAGACAGAUCCCAAGAACCAAGACUACGCCUGCGAGAGUGGAGCAAAACGGAGCACGGAGCCAUGGCGAGUAGGAAUUGACGAGACAGACGAAGAGCGGUUGGACAGGUUAGAGAAGGAGGAAGAGGAGCGCAAUGCCAUGGUAGAGCUCGAAGCCAAGACCGUAGACGCGAAGCGUGAGAUGGCGGUCGCGGACGCGCUAGAUGAGAUACGCACGAGGAAUGCCCGGUUAGAACGUGCGAACCAGGAUGGCGUAGAAGUGGGCGUUGCGCUACCCAUCGAUAACGAAGCGGAGCGGCAAGAGAAAGAAGACGCAGAGGCGGCAAGGAGGGCUUUUGAGUUCGCGAGGCAGGUCGACCGCAUGACGGCAGACGUUAUAGACGAGGAAAUGGAUGACGUGGCGUCCGCUUCGACGUCGGCGCUCACGCCUGGAAGUAGCGGUAACGGUAGCAGUGCCCCUGAGGCACAACCGGCAACAGCGUCAUCGUCGUCGGCAAAUGCGCCAUCCAAGGACAUGCCACCCCCAUCGUUUAAGCGGGUUGUAAAGAAGAAAAAGGAUCACGCGGCAGCGCUCGGUAUUAAGAAGAAGGCCCCUCUUGUAUAAAUGAGUCGAGAUUGCAAUUAAUUAUGACGGCCCGGGUGGCAUGUGAUGGCAUAGCAUAGCAUAGCGACGGAUAUUAGGCCGGUUUGCGAAUUACAACACGGAGCCGCGACUCUGUCCAAUAAUGAAGAUAAUCUUAACCAUGACAAACGUAUCUCCAUACUUGGCCGUCU